AUGUGGAAUGUACUGAAAGACGACCUUGUGGAAGCCACCUCCAUCCAAGACUUUAAGGACACAUUCGAUAAAGAAUUUGAACUUUCCUUACCUUCCCCAGUAGACACUGAUAGGAAUAGAGGAUACUGCAGAAGGCCUAUUGACCAUUACGAGGCAGCUCGUAUUGACCAUUACAAGGCAGCUCGUAUUGACCAUUACAAGGCAGCUCGUAUUGACCAUUACAAGGCAGCUCGUAUUGACCAUUACAAGGCAGCUCGUAUUGACCAUUACAAGGCAGCUCGUAUUGACCAUUACAAGGCAGCUCGUAUUGACCAUUACAAGGCAGCUCGUAUUGACCAUUACAAGGCAGCUCGUAUUGACCAUUACGAGGCAGCUCGUAUUGACCAUUACGAGGCAGCUCGUAUUGACCAUUACGAGGCAGCUCGUAUUGACCAUUACGAGGCAGCUCGUAUUGACCAUUACGAGGCAGCUCGUAUUGACCAUUACGAGGCAGCUCGUAUUGACCAUUACGAGGCAGCUCGUAUUGACCAUUACGAGGCAGCUCGUAUUGACCAUUACGAGGCAGCUCGUAUUGACCAUUACAAGGCAGCUCGUAUUGACCAUUACGUGGCAGCUCGUAUUGACCAUUACGAGGCAAGCUCGUAUUGA